AACCGCGACUAAAAACCCCUUUGGUCGCGGUUCGAUUAUUUUGGGGACUAAUGGGGGCGUAUGGAAGCCUCUUUUUCUACUAGUGUGUAUGUCGGGAACCUACACUACGACAUUGACAGCCGGUAUCUCGCCGAACUCUUCGAGUAUGCCGGUAUCGUUGAAGACUCCAAGGUCAUUUGCAACAGGAACACAGGCCAGAGUCGUGGGUUUGGGUUUGUCACCAUGAGUUCUGUUGCGGAGGCUGAGAGGGCUGCAGAGAUGUUCCAUCGCUAUGAAGUGUACGGCAGGCGUCUGACCGUGCAUAAGGCAGCUCCAAGAUCAUCAAGGGUGGAAACUCCUCGGCGCCGAUCUUGGCAUCGGUUCGGAAUCUACGUGGGAAAUCUGCCGUGGCAGGUGGACGACUCUUGGUUGGAGGAGCUGUUCAGUGAGCACGGCGAUGUGUUUGAUGCAAGAAUCGUGUACGAGCGCAGAGGAGGGACCUGGCGUUCGCGGGGUUUUGGUUUUGUCACGAUGGCGAGGGAGGAGGAAACUUAUGACGCUGUUUAUGCUCUGAACAAACAGAUUCUUGAGGGACGUACCCUGCUAGUGGAGGUUGCCAAGGAGCGGCCACGGCGAGGCUUUUACUGAAGAUAUAUGCUGGUUGUACUAUAGGGCAUGCAUUGUGCAAUCCUACAGGAACAACAUAAUGUUUCUGUGGAAAUUUCAUGGAUUUUGCAGAAAUAUAGGGAGAAGUUCCUGAAACUUCCGUGAUGUUGGACCUAAUGUUGGUACAGAACGAUCUUUUCUUU